CGAUCGCCUUUUCCUCUGAUGGUCGCACACGCAUCGAAAUUUACUGACAGUUCCGGGAAUCAUGUAACAUAAAAAAUUGCAUUUCGUUUGUGCAUUUCAAAUCAGGCAUAGUUUUUGUGGUUCUAGCUUUCAUUCUAAGAAAUUUUCGGUGUAAUUUACUUUGAUGAGAUAUAGCCAUGUAUCGGCUAUACCUAGCGGGUUGGCAAAGUUAUCAGCACAGGAUCGGUGCUGGCGUGGGGAAUUUACAGGCACUGCGAAAGGUCUUAUCAGCGCAACACCCACAAACCGGAUUCAAGCAAGUAUGUCCCGGUUUUAACAGCAAUGCACAAAUGAGAAGUGUUCACGGCGGAGUUCAUACUUUCGAAAGUAUGCUGGUCGGUCGGAAAUCUGAGGCUCGCCGUAGUAUUCUAGUCCAAGUGAGUUCAGAGCGAUCGUUUUCGGAACUGGACGCGUAUUGUGCGCAGUUUGGCACGGUGACUAGUUCCCACCAUUAUCGGGUAGGAGGAACCUGUUCCGGCUAUGGGGAUGACGAGGCCGACUGUCACUACAUCGUGGUCGAGUUUGAGAAACCGGAAUCUGCUGAUGCGGCCAUACGGUCUGCGGUUUUCAACGAAGAAAAACCAGGCGUUAGGGCAAGAUCGAUAUUUCUGUGGUUUAGAGCUGGUCCACGAGCGAAACUACAAGUUGCUUCGGGAAAAUCUAAAUCUACGAACGAGUCAAAGCUGACCAAUGUCGAUGCUAGCCGCACUAUAGACGAUAAGGAACUGAGAAAUCUGCUUCUGUCGGCAGAGAACGCCGAAGAUCAGAUUAAAAUACUUCACCAGGCAACAUGUCUGAACGACGUGGGGAAAAGGUUGCGCUUUUUGGCUGUCCGACAAAUGGAAACAUCUCUCCAAGGGAUGUUUCCUCAGGCUGUUGCAUACCCGUUUGGUUCAUCCGUUAACGGAUUUGGGAAGAUGGGGUGUGAUUUAGAUCUUAUCCUUGAUCUAGACUCGGAAUCGUCUUUAGUCCAAAACAGCAACUCUCGACUGGUCUUCCACACAAAAGCUUCAAAUUCUAAUGAGCGAACACAAGUUCAACGAUAUCUGGAAUCAAUAGGUGAUGUUUUGCAGCUGUUUUUGCCUGGAGUCAACAGUGUUAGGCGUAUAUUAAAGGCUCGUGUUCCUAUAAUCAAAUACCACCACGAGCACUUAGAUCUCGAAAUCGAUCUAACGAUGAACAAUAUGACUGGUGUCUAUAUGUCGGAACUAUUGUAUCUGUUCGGCCAAAUUGACCCACGUGUUCAGCCUUUAACUUUUUGUGUUCGAAGAUGGGCACAAUCGGUUGGACUGACAAAUCACGCUCCCGGUUAUUGGAUAACGAACUUUUCCCUUACAAUGUUAGUUAUGUAUUUCUUGCAACAGCUGCAAGAACCCAUCCUUCCGCCCAUUAACAAGCUGAUUCAGAGCGCAUCAAAAACGGAUCUUCGAAUUACAGAGAAUCACAUCAGUUGCUCAUUUCUGCGGGACGUUCAGAAACUCAAUUUCAGUACCAAAAAUACUACCCCACUAGACGAACUGCUGCUUCAGUUUUUCGAGUUCUAUUCCCAUUUCGAUUUCAAUCAACGGGCUAUUAGUCUUAACAUCGGAUCCCACAUCCUUAAACCGGAUCAUAGUCCAAUGUAUAUCGUUAACCCACUGGAAACGGUUCUCAACGUGAGCAAAAAUGUAAACCUGGAGGAAACGGAACUUUUCCGGAUACAGGUUAGGAACGCGCUGUGGCUCCUGGACACUCACGAAAAGUCAACCCGAACCAGUGGCGAAGAUUGGGGCCUGAUAAGUUUGUUUGGUAACAAAAUCAAGGACCGCAUAACGCCGCAAAUGUUCUUCACCAAGCGAUUGGUCAACGUGAAGGAUAUACUGGAUGAUGCGGGUGGGGAUAACGAUAGCGCCCCAGUAGAGUACAAGAAUCAAACCGUCAAGAGCCAAAUUUCCCACAUACAGAAAAGCACCAGGGAGGAGAUCAGUAAACUUGGCGGAGGGAAAAAUGGACCGCCUAGUUCUUUUGCGAAUGGGGGCCCUAUGAAAAUGAAGCGGAACGCCAAACGACGGUGAUAGCUAGCUAGAUGACAUUGGCUUUAUUUUUCGAUUGCGUAGGACAAAAUAAAAACUGUUAAACCUUACUUUUUGUUGGUUUUCACUUCUUUUUAAGAUGUAAAUUAUUAAAUAUAAGCAUAAAUUAAAUAUGGAGCCUGAAACAGCAUAAAAUAUUUUUUGUCAUUUCUCAGGCUUUCGUAUUUGAAAAGUAAAGUUGAAAACAACCUCAGAAGAUUCCAGUAAAACAAACGGGCAACAAGCAUGCACGUUUUAGAUGUUGUUUUCAAAAUUAAAAAGAUUUUUCACAAUUCAUGUAAGACAUUUAAGGAUGAUCCCUUGCAUUUUCAAUGUUCAUUACACAGACAACAAAAACAAUCAUAAACACUGCACUUAAAAACUUUAAAACAUGAAGCGAGUGCGUAUUAUUUUUGAACUUGAGCACCCCUAGUUCCUGUGUCUAAUUUCAUCAUAAUGUUGUCAGUACAGCGCAAAAUCAAAACAAAACGGUUCGAUUUGGCCGCAGCAGUGCUUAACCGCAAAUAUUAGGUCAAAUGAUAGAAAAUUGAAAAGGAUCCCAAUUUUCGCAUAUCGUGAAAGCAGCGACUGUACACAGGGACAUGGCUGAACUAAACCGCGGCAGAGAGGGAAAUUCAAAAUCAGGAUCAUCGAAAAAAGCUAAAGCUGAAGAUAUCACUGUAAUCAGCAACGAAUUCGAGAUUAACCCUGUGAAUUUCAAAGGAUCAAAAGCAGCGAUCGAACCCGCCAAUUGGGUCGUUCGAUCGGACUCGAUUGAAGAUUUUCAAUAUCAACUGCUCGAGUUGGUCAUGUGCCACGUGAAGAAGGAAGUUCUUUUCACCGACGUAAAGACCCCUUACUUUUCCGAGAAACCACUGACAACGGAUGACCUGGAUAGAUUCGUGAGCUUUAAAGAUAUCAAAGGUAAGAGAUAUUUGUCCUACAACCAGGUGGAUUGGAUUCAGCUCAGCCGUUGGGACGGUCGGGUGAUAGUCUUGCAAAUAUUUCUCUACGGAAACGGUAUCGUGAGUAAGUCUGCGUGGGACAUUGUUGUCAGAGUUCUGUUGGAACCGGACAAAGAAGAAACUGCAGGACUGCCGAAAUCUUUAGGAGAGCUAGAAACUCAAAAACUACAAGCUAUAGCUAAACGUUUGGAACGGAUUCACUCAGCAAAUCUGCGACCGACAACGACGGACGCCUUUAUGGAUUGGGCCACGUAUGUCUUUAACUCUCCUGCACGUAUGCAGCAUACGUUGAUAGAAAAUGAACCGCCGGAGGCUUUGGCAUCUCGUUUUAUAACUCUUGUGAAAGCAAAAAGCCCCGAGACGACGACGCCACAGAUCAUCGAUGACGGUUAUCAUUUUGACGACGAAGUACGGGCGCUUCGGAGAACCGUUACCCAGAUUCGUGAUUUGGUGGAAAUGUUGGAUAGACGAGUGGAGCUGCUAGAGAAGAAGUGCAACGCGUUCAAACGGAGAGGACCACCGGUGGUUAAGCAGCCUCGGUUGGAUGAAGUAAAGGACGAUGGCGAUGAAGCUCCGAUCGAUGCUCCCGAAAGUCUUGAAGUCUCAGCAAUCGACGAAGAGGAUCCAGAUCCGCUCGAUGAAUUGUUUGUUAAGACAGAGGUUUGCUUUGAGGAUGAAAUUGAAUAAAUUAUUUG